GCACGACCAGGUAGCCUGCGAACCCGGCGAGCCCGUACAGCAGCACGAACCCCGGCGAGACGGCCAGCGCAAACGGUGUGCUCUUCGCGUCGAGCUUCAAAGUCGAAGCCACGGCGCUUUGGUGUUCGCCGCCAAAGUUGCCGAGCGCAACGAAGUUGA